AUGAGCUCGUCGAGCAAAGAAACGCCCAAACCGACUGCUGAAGGGUAUCUAAACAAACUCUACACUGAUCUAUAUCAUUUAGUCAAUUCCGUGGAGAAAGGAAGUGGCUCUGAAUUGACCGUACGUCUUCGAAACGUCGAGUCUGACAUCGCAAAUUUCAAAGAAACUCUGAAAGCUAUUCCUGACAUUGGCGUUGAAGAAGGAAAACAAAGAAGACAGAUCGCUGCCCUCUAUAAACAAAUCGAAAUAAAGGAUGAACUCCUCGAGUCCCUCUCAACCUUCAGCCUCGAAGCAGCCCUUAGAAAAUCCAACGAAAAGCCCAGUGAACAGCCCCGUAGUGGAAGCGAGGACAAAUGA